UUAAUAAGCACCAUAGCCAUUACAACUGACAAUGGCUUCUUUUUCGAUGGAAGAUUUUGUUGGUGAUGGGGUUCUCAAGGAAUUGCUUCCAAAGCUAUUAGAAGAAGGCUGGGAUGACGUUCCGACUUUAAAGAUCAUGAAUUCAGAAGAUAUGGAUGCAAUCAACAUGACACCAUAUCAAAAGGAUGCUCUGGAAAUCAGAAAGUACCUUCAUGAUCGUUCUUUGAUUCAAUUUGGAGAUCAGCUGGAGGCUACGAGGAAAUCACUACCAGAGCUCCUUAACUUGAGCACCAAGGAACUAUCUUUACAAUUUGGCAUGAAAAGGGGACAUAUUGCACGUUUCACAGAUCGAACCGAUGCAUGCACGGAUCCUCUACUGAAAUCUUACGGCUUCGGUGCGAGGAAAGACAUGGGUACACCAACUAGAAAAAAUGCCAUUCAGAUGGUUCAAUCCAUAGCAAAAUCCUUUGGCAGGAGUAGCACUGAUAGGUUGCCGGAAGAGACACUUGCUGGUUUCAAGACUAAAGAUGGAUACAUUUUUAAAGGGGUUGUCGCUGCGGGACCGGCCGAGGCUCGAGUCUGUGGUUGUGUACAACCUCCUCCUGUGGUCGACAGCGUGGCACCUUAUGCUGCUAUUGAAAACAUAUCGGUUCAGAGAUUAACUCCUGUGUAUAAGAUUGGGAUGGAGCCCUUGGUGAAAUCCAUGACUCCGCCUAUGAAAGUUUCGGAACUGUGGCGGGAUAAGCCUGCUGUUCUCCUAUGCAUUCGACGACCGGGGUGCGUCAUGUGCAGAGCUGAAGCUCACCAGCUCUAUGCCAAAAAGCCAAUAUUUGAUGCACUGGGAAUCCAAAUGUUUGCAGUUCUUCAUGAACACAUAGAAUCAGAGGUAAAAGACUUUUGGCCACGCUAUUGGGGUGGUGUCGUGAUAUUGGAUCGUACAAUGGGAUUCUUCAAAGCUCUUGGAGGUGGGAAACUACUUAAAGACAAGUUUCUAUCAGGAUUUUUGUUCAAUCCCCGGGCUAUUACUAACUAUAAACGUGCAAAAUCUCUGGGAAUAAACCAGAAUUUUAAAGGAGAAGGUGAAAUAAAGGGUGGCCUUUUCAUAGUUGGUCAAGGAGGAACUGGAAUUGCUUACCAGUUUAUAGAGAGGAAUUUUGGUGAUUGGGCUCCUGUACCUGAAGUUCUAGAGAUAUGCGCUAGAUUACAGAAUCGUCAGCAAGAUGAAGGAGAUUCUAGCAAAUCACCACAAGAAUAAAAGUGAAGUGGCUUGUCAUGGUUCUUAGUUAUCCGCUUACAGAUUCAUCAUACAGCAUCAGAGUUUUUAAUGGCGAAUAAAAAAUUACCAAAG